UUCCUGGUUCAGUAAACGUGGAGUUCUUCUAAUCUCUGAGUGAAUGAGUCUUUAAACCACUCAAAGUCUGUCAUAUCACAAAACUCCGUAGCGCUCCGGAUUAUGGCACUGUUGUUACUUGGAGGACGCAUGACCUCGACCAAACCUCACUUUUGGAAAACCAUGGCUGCCCUACAGACUUACUGUUCUACAGUGACCGGUGGCAAAAAGCAUGUCAAUGGAGUGGAUCUGUACUAUGAGCAGACAGGCAAAGGAAAACAUGCUCUGCUGCUGCUUCCUGGUGCUCUGGGCAGCACUCGGACUGAUUUUGAGCCACAGUUAAAACAUCUGAAUAAGGAGCGCUUUACAGUUGUGGGGUGGGAUCCCAGAGGAUACGGAAAAUCCAGACCCCCGGAGAGAGACUUCCCAGAGGACUUCUUUGAAAGGGAUGCAAAGGACGCUGUGGAUCUGAUGAGGGCUUUAGGCUUCAGUCAUUUCUCUUUAUUGGGCUGGAGUGAUGGAGGUAUCACUGCAAUGAUUGCAGCGGCUAAAAAUCCUGACAUGAUCCACAAAUUAGUUGUUUGGGGAGCAAAUGCUUUUGUUUCUAAAGAGGACCUGGAACUUUACAAUGCUGUGAAAGACGUGUCCCGAUGGAGCGCCAGGAUGAGGCAGCCCAUGGAGGAAGUGUACGGUGCUGAGGUUUUUGCCAAAACUUGGGAAGCCUGGGUAACAGGAAUUUCAGAGCUUGGAAAAAGACCAGAAGGAAAUAUCUGCAUGAACCAUCUGCCUUUAAUUAGCUGCCCCACUCUUAUUAUUCAUGGGGAGAAGGACCCCAUGGUGCCUGGCUUCCAUCCUCAGUACAUUCUCAAACACAUCAGAGACUCUCGGCUGCAUCUGAUGCCAGAAGGAAAACACAAUCUUCACUUGAGAUACGCAGCUGAGUUUAACAAAAUGGUGGAAGACUUUCUUGAGGACUGAUUUUUGAAAUGGACAGGAUCACUUUUUAAUCAAAUGUACUCAUCAUAAAAAAGGGAGAAAAGACUACAAUAAAUAUGUUUCUACUUCAUUUUAAUAUGCAAGGAAAUUCCCGUUAAAUGUGGAUAUAGAAAAGCAAAGUGCCAUCAGCAGUGCCAGGCCUAAGAGCCGAUCAGUCGAUGCAGCGCAGAACUCGAUUGGUUUCGCCUGGCGCAAACCCGGAAGUCACUUUUUAUUUGUGU